AUGGCAACUGAGACGGUCAUCUACGUGUCGCUGGCACUAGUGCUGUUGACCAGGAUAUAUGUCUUUAUCAGCCCGCCCGAAUUCCUCGAAGAGCAUAAGGACCAGCGAUACCACGAAUACCAUCUCUAUCGACAAUAUCAUCUUCACAAACAGUACGACAAGAAUGAUUCACAGCGCCGGUCAUUGCAAGAGGAUCAAGAUGACCCGGGUUCACUACUGCCUUCCGGCACAAGGCACCGGUCCGCAUCCGAGGGUUUCUCUGAUGUGAAUCCAUUGGAAGUGCUUCACCAUCCUUCGGACGAACUGAUCCUUCUGGGAAAAGAGACUGGUGCCCGUUCACUCCCACUGCGUGGACCCUCCGUAGACACCCUCUCAAGUCUAGAUCCUAUCGCUGUUCCAUUGACAUUAUCCAGUCCAUCAUCUACAACAUCACCAUAUUCACCACACGAGAGCGAGCGGAGCUUCUGGAGUCAGAUCCUUGGAUCCAGUGAAGCAGGUCCUGUACCCAACUACAUCUCACUCGACAUCUCCGAGAUUCACUAUAAUGGCUCUCUCGAAGAAUUUGACCAGGAUGCAGAGGUGCUUCAAUCAAUCCGCAAGCUGAAGGCCGGACUGAGGGAUAUGGCCAAGGAAUGCCCGACCAUGACCAUGAUCUGGGAGGCCGGACGGUGGUGCUGUCUUGAGGGACGCACGUUGUAUAUACUAAGGGCCUUGGAGUGGAAGGGUCAGGUUCGCGUACGUGUCUUGGUCGACAAGGAUCCGAUGACCCUGGCCGUGACAGAGGAUUACUGGAAAGCUGCGGGUUUGUCGACCGAUGCUGCGCCGCGGCUAAGCGACUACACAUUCUUUUCGACUUCAACUCCAUCUCCUCUUGCCCAGCCUAUCACGCCGCUUUCUCGGUCUUCUGAAUUGAAUGCGGGAGCAGCAAACACCUCUGACACAUCAGGAUCAGCUUUGGAUGGAGAGCAGAGUUUCAGAGACCUGAAUGGUGGUGCGCACGUUCAAAUGUCUGCUGCAGCCACAGAUGCCAAUACUCUCACUAUCGGCCUAUCACUGGAUGGUGGAAAUGUCCAGGCACCAGCUGGUGAUCAUAGUAGGGCGUCAGUCUCCUCCAAGUUCGAUUGGAUGACGGCAGAAGAAACAUCAUUACCAGUGUCGCCUGCUGGACACGAUGCUGAUGAUGAGGAAGAAGACGAUGAGGUCGAGAGCGAUGGAUACAUGGAGGACGAUGAAGGCAACGAGGACGAUGAAGGCGACGAGGACGAUGAAGGCGACGAGGACGAGGAAGACGGGGUGGAUGAUCAUUUAGGCCAGCUUGGGCUGCACCAGAGGACGCAUACCUCAUAUCCCACGCGAACAGCCAAAAAUGACCCCUAUGAGUUUGGUGUGUCAGUAGAAAGUUCUUCAACUUCGAAAGAGCGCAGUCUGCUCUACUACGCUGUGGAAAAAGAAGUGAGAUUGUGCGCAUAA